CUAUGCGUCGUCCGUACGUUGCCCAAAUACUGGUGCCGUAAUAUAAAAGUUUAAUGAAAAUUACACAUACUCACCGUAAGGAUCAAUUUGAAGCAUUGUCGUAAGCUCGGGGAAGCUUUUAUGGUGAUAAUGAAGGGCUUAUUAUCGAUCAUUUUACUGACUCUCGUCUGUGUCUCAGUAAUGGCAUUGCCACAGAUGUCAGAUAUUCAGCUAGAGAAAAUUCUAACUGACCGAGGAACUAUGCAGCGGCACAUUAAAUGUGCGCUAGGGGAGGGGCCAUGUGACCCCGUGGGCAUAAGACUCAGAACAUUAGCCCCCCUAGUGUUGCGUGGCUCAUGUCGUCAAUGUUCUCCGCAAGAAACGCGUCAGAUUCGUCGCACACUUGCAUACGUCCAGAGAAACUAUCCGUGGGAAUGGGCAAAAAUUCUUAUGUACAUUCUGGUGCUAUGUGCUAUGGUGUCGGUGUGUGCUACCCAGAGCCAGAGGCCACAAGUAUCAGACACAGCUCUAGAAGAUGCCCUUAAUGAUAAGCGUUUUAUUCAGAGACAACUCAAAUGUGCUCUCGGAGAGGCACCGUGUGAUCCAAUUGGAAAACGAUUGAAAACUCUUGCACCAUUAGUUCUAAGAGGAGCCUGCCCACAAUGCUCACCACAAGAAACCAAACAAAUUCAACGCACUCUAUCCUACGUGCAAAGAAAUUUUCCACAACAAUGGGCAAAGAUAGUUCGCCAGUACUCCGGUUAAGCAGUAAUAUAUCAGAUGUGAAGGCUAUAUUACUAAAAGCAAUAAAUAAACAUAAGUGAAACGCCAAAAAUGGAUGUUACAUUAUUUCACAAUUUAUGGUGUUUAAGGGUUUUUACACGUAAUACCUUUAUUUUUAAUAAGUAUCCACACCAUCACUGACGAUGAGUUUAAUUUCAAAUGUUAAAUGCUUUACUGGUAAACUUAUUAAUGAUUAUAUAUAUGCAUGUGUGUACGUACCUAGUAAUAACGACUUUAAGUAAUGCAAGCCGCACAUUGCUUUGUUGAAAUGAACUCAUAUACCUAUCAUGUUUUUUUGUUUAUUCAUUUUAAUCCUUUAAUUUUCAAGGAUAUCAAGAAAUUUAUGUCAUAAAAAAUCAUAUUUCAAAGAAUAUUUUUUGUAAAUUUACGUAAUGUUAGUUAAAAAGUGGGUCUUGAUAUUGUAAAUAUUUUCUAAAAAAAAUAAGGUAUUUAAUGAACUUAUUUCUAAGUAAAUAUUUUAUGAAAUAAUGUAUUACUAGAUUAUUUUAAUCUAAGGUGUUGUUUGUUCGCCCUUAAAGGGUUCCCAAUAUUAAAGUGUCUUAUCUCUAUAAAAGAAAAUACCAGAUGCAGAUAUAUAUUUAUUUCGAUACAUGAAUCAGUCACAAUUAAUUCAUUAAAUAGAAAAUAGAUUUAGUUGUGUGAAAAGAUAAUGUAUUUGUUAUAGUCGUGAAUGCAUUCUGUUAUGUUUCCUGUUUUUUAAUACUAUAGAGCUGAAACCGUAACUAAAAUUAUCAAC